ACAAGCUCAUCAAUCAAUAUGGACUACCAAAUGUGGUCUCGUGAAUAACAAAAAACACCUUCAAAUGGAUCAUGUAAAAACUUUAGACGAUAGCCGUAUACUCUUUGCGAAGUUUACAAUCAUUGGAGAAGCUGACAUCUAGCCAUUUUACAUCUUAAACAUUUACGCACUGGCUUCGAAUAUAGAUUAUACCCUUAUUCGUUUCUUUCAAAGUCUUAUGGAUUUCAUUGACUCACUUGACUCUCCUCUUGACAUCAUGUCUAAUAUGAUGGUGGUAGGGGGCUUCAGUUUCUCCUUUGAGCCAACACACCUAUCUGGGUCCCGCUCCUCUCGACCAAAGAAGUUUAUGUCCUUCAUGACUGCAAAUUUCAGUAAUUGUCUCAAGUCGAAAGAUGACGACGACUUUUACAACUACCUUGCUACUUUCAGACGGGGAAAGCCAAUGUCAUGCAUUGGUUAUAUAUUUGCAGGUGGGAAUACACGUCGAUAUAUUCAUGGCAGUGAGCUGGGGUUUCUCUCUCCUAAAUUGACUGACCACGCACUCUUGACCACUUCGCUUCGUUUUGGGUGUACCAGUACUGGCAAAGGACUAUGGCGAGCUGAUCCUCGCCUAGCAAUCAAGAAAUCCUACCGUCACAAGCUUCAGACAAGUAUCAAACACUUCAUGACAAAGGUUUUGGCAGAUACCACAGACUCACCUCAAAUGCAAUGGGACCGUUUGAAAGGUUGCGUGCGAAAGAUUACGCAGAACUACUAUAGUAAUAGGGCAUCUUGGCAAAAACAACGCUUGAAGGAACUUCAAAGCCGACGCAACUUAUUAUGUCGACUUUACAAACAGCAAAAAUCUUUUCUCAACACCAUCUUGCCAGAAGUAGAAAAUGAGGUUGCAUAUCUUCAGAAUGAAAUGUAUAUCAUAGCCUCCUUAAGGGCAAGUAAAAUAUGGACGGAGAACAGUGAGUGCAAUAUUGGAUACUUCAAGCGCAUAGCCAGAGAUCGAUCAACUGAGCGUCAGUUCAACACGAUUGUUCAUUCGGUUACAAAUGUAGAGUGUACAUCUACGCACGACAAAUUAGAAGCAGUUCAAGCAUUCUACUAGGACUUGUACUCGGCAGAUCCAAUACAGCGUCGAUCCCUGAACUUUUUCAUAUCAAACAUUUCUACAAAGACAAGCAACUUAGCCUCAAACGAUAUAUGUU